ACCUCGCUGUUUGAGUGCUUUCUGAGCUGGAAAACUUUUUCAAAACCGAGCAAUGAUCAUACUCAGUAUGGGGUUGCUAAUUUUGGACUUGAUGUUCACGCUGGCUGGAGACUUACCGCCACCGAGAAGAGACGCCGACUAUCCACCGGCGUAUGCACUUGAAUUUAUGCAGCAGCCCCACCGGGAGUGCGUGGCCGAGACCGGCGUUAGUGAGGCUGCCAUUAAACGGUUCAGUGAUGUGGAAAUUUUUGACGACGAUGAAAAGCUCAAGUGCUAUAUGGGCUGUCUGUUUGUGAAGGCCGGCGUUUCGGAUGGCAACGGGGAUCUGCACCUGGGCAAGGUGUUGGAGCUGAUACCGAAGGAGUUCGAAGAUAUUGCGCUGAAGAUGGGAAGCAGAUGCCUGAAGCCGAAAGGGAAAACUCCGUGCGAACGAGCGUUUUGGUUCAACAAAUGCUGGAAAUUGGCCGAUCCAGUGCACUACUAUCUUGCGUGAUGACCAUCAUUUACAGGAAAUCGUCUCUCUCGCACCAAUUACGCAGUGUGUGUUUUACCUAGAAACCAAUAAACAGCAAACCUAUUCGCUA